AUGGUUGAUUUAGUUCAUACUGGACCUAGUGUUCAACCGCAGGAUGAGGUAGACCUCACAGACGACCAGAUUCAACAGCUUCUGCUGGAGGCGGAAGGACGCCUGCGCGGUCCUGUAGUCUCGAACUCCCAGGAUCUCGACGCUGCUUCUCUAAGAAUUCCUAAAUUGUCCUCGGGGACUGCUUUGGAGCCAUAUGUUCGACAAGGCGACGAGAUUGCCACUGUCGAUUCGGCCCAACUCAUCGACCCAAAGCAAAAGGUGCUAUCGAAUUCAAUCCGCCCUCUUGAUGUGAAUAACCCCAAAAAAGAGAAACCCACCGCUGGACCGGACUGGUUUAAUCUUCCCAAGACAGAGUUGACUACUGAACUCAAGAGAGAUCUGCAGCUGAUUCGAAUGCGUUCUGUGCUGGAUCCUAAGAGGCACUAUAAGAAGGAAAAUGGCAAAGCCAAGCCGCCAGACUUCUCUCAGGUGGGAACAAUCAUCCAAGGCCCGACAGAGUUCUUCAGUGGCCGCAUUGCAAAGAAGGAUCGCAAGAAAACCUUUGUGGAAGAGACGAUGGCACUGGAACGGGAGACGAGACGCUUCGAAUCCAAGUACCGUGACAUCCAAAGCACGAAGCAGAGUGGGAAAAAGGCAUUCUACAAUAACCUACGAUCAAAGCGGAACCGAAAAAUGAAGUGA